AUGCUUCGGCCCGCCUGGGUGUUCAUUUACAGGCAAAGACGCGGUGACAAGUUGGGUAAUCGCUGCGCCUUAGCAAACACUCGAGCCAUGCUUUCCACGGUCUCCAUAGCAAAUGUUUCGGUUAACUUAGACAAGACCGAUUACCUUGCUUCCCGACGACUUGGUCCCAGCGGGCCGGCGAAGUUCAACCUAAAAGAUCACCUUGUAAGCCAAACCGACGACACCUACAGCGUACCAUCCCGUAACCCUGUCUUCCACACAGCACACCAGUCCCAGUCCCAAUGCCACAUCAAGGCCGUGAUUUGGCCCUUGCCAUAUUCACCAUAA